AUCUUAGAGUCGUGCGUAUAAAAACAACAUUUGAUUUGAUUUUACGUUCACAUACACAUACUAGGUAGAAAAAGAAAAUUAAUCCAUAGCAACAUAUAAUUCGAUCUUUUGCUUAAAAUAAGUGUUAAAAAUUAGAAAAGUAGCUAUCGCCAUAAACGUGGAGCUUAUACCAACGUAAAAAAAUGGGGUCAAACUGAAUAAUUAUCGCAUCUAAAUCUGAUCGCAUUAUCACAGGAAACUGAGUGACGGAGUGAAGCGGCAGUUGCAGAAACCGAAACGAAUCAGCCAUGGAUGCUCUUCGAUUUCUCUUGGUUCUAUCAAUAAUCUCUUCUUCUUCUGCUGCUGCCACCGCCGCCGGCAACGGUGGCGAGAAAGUGGCGCUGGAGCUCUACUACGAGACGCUCUGCCCCUACUGUUCCAAUCUCAUAGUCAACUACCUCUACAAAAUAUUCGAGUCUGACCUCAUCUCAAUUACCGAUCUAAAGCUUAUUCCCUAUGGAAACGCUAAAAUCAAGUCUAAUGGUACCAUCGUUUGCCAGCAUGGUAAAUAUGAAUGCAUAUUGAACACUGUGGAGGCGUGUGCAAUUGAUGCCUGGCCUGAUGUGAAUGACCAUUUCCCAUUUAUCUACUGCGUGGAAAGUCUUGUAUACCACAAUAAUUAUACCUAUUGGGAGACAUGCUUUGAGAAAUUGGGUCUGGAUGCUACCCCUGUUAUGGAUUGUUACAACGGCGACCGUGGAACAGAGAUUGAACUACGAUAUGCGGCUCAAACAAAUGCUCUUGAACCACCUCAUACGUACGUGCCAUGGGUAGUUGUGGAUGGACAGCCCUUGUAUGAUGACUAUAGGAACUUCAAAAGCUAUAUCUGCGAGGCAUACAAAGGGACUCCCAAACCAUCUGCUUGCUCUAAAUCAUCAAUCGGGAGCAUCCGGAAGAUGAAAAUGGACUUGCUCAAUUCUCUCUUUGGACAAGAAUCAUUCAAGUCAAAGUUUUCCCGCGUAUUGUCAGCUAUAUUUUCAUGGCUGCAGUGAAAUAAAAUCGUAUGAUGGUAAAUUUUAGACUUUGUUGCUCUUUCAAAAUCCUAAGGUGCUCUCUCUUAUAUAGUCUAUAUAAGUUGUAUUGUAGUUGAAUGGAAAAAGAUGUAAUUUGAUGACUUCGUUUCGCUAUCUCGGUAAGUUUGUAUUUGCGAAUGUUGAAUAAUUAGUUUGUUAGUAUAAUAUAAGCUUCAUGUAUGAAAUAGCUUUUCGAGACUCA